UGGUCUGCCGGUUGUCAGCGGGUAAACCCGGACGUUAGCACCGUGUUUACCGACAGUCGGUAUUCAACAUGAACCAGGACGGAGCUGAAUUUGAAGCCAUUUCGGUUCAUAACUUUUCUGAGAAGAUUCUGGAGCAGGUUGUUCACUUUCACGUCAUGAAGCUGAGCGGCGGGUUUUUCCUGUGGGUCGGUUCGAGUCCGGUUCUGUCCAACUUAGCGAUUUCAAUGAGCAGCAGAUACGAUUCGAUGCCGCUGUCCACGUUAAUUUUGGGGGAUCCAUCCGAUUCCACUCCAAAUUCUUUGGCACAGAGAUUAGCAAAGAAGACCAAAAAACAAGUGUUUGUGAGUUACAGUCUUCCGACGACAGACUCCAGUCUCGGUCUGCUGGUGGAGAACAGGAUCAAAAAGGAGCUGGAACUUCACCCCGAACAUUUCUGAGCCUCUUUUACUCAUUUCAUGUGUGUGGAAGUGAGGCUGCGCUGGAGGACGGGCGUCACAGGUCAUUGUACCACAUACAGUACCCCCCACCCCGACACACAGUCACACUCCAGCACAGUGACAUCCAGUGGUCUUUAUUGGAAUAAUAAAUUAAGUGGUUUGUUAUCAAAAACAUGUAGGCCUGUGGCUUUUUGUACAAAGGCUUCAUAUAUAUAUAAAAAAAAGAAAAAAUACUAUAAUAACACUAAAUAAACAGCAGCAGUGGCUGAAAAUUUAAACAUACAAACUAACAAAACCAUACAGGGUGCUCUCAGUAUAUUUGAAGGUGUACGUGUACGAAUUCCGACUUUAAGUCGACUAAAUUACUUUUUUAAUGCAUUUGAACCUGCAGAUUCGGGUGUAAUUGGG